AAUGCAGGUGAUGUCAUGGAGGGAGAAGGCUCCUGUGAGGAGGAGGCUGGUAACAUCGGGGAAAAUUUUAAGGAACCAGACACACAGGAUCUAGACGGGCGCCCCGGCCAGGAGCCACCAACACCUUCCAGUGAGAAGCAAAUAAAUGUGUGGGUGAGUCCUAUUACCACACAGGAGGUAACGCAGGGAGUGGCUGCAGGAAAGGAGGGAAGAGGAGGAGGAGGAGCAGACAGAGGCAGGACUGCUCCAGUGGUUCACCAGGAGACAGACAAGAACCAAAAGAGUAGUGCAGGGAUUGAGGAAAGAACCGCAGCAUACAAGCUGUUCAACCACUUUAGUAGAGAGGAGAGGAAAAUUCGGCAGGAGCUCCGGACAUCCUCACAGAUCAAGAUGGAGUAUCAGGACGAAGGAACCGGCCCUCAUAAGGAGAGACAAGAGGAAAACUUCUCAGCUGAACAGUAUGGCCUUGCUGUUACCUCAGAGAAUACAAGCUCCUCUGACAACACGGAAGAGGGCUCUGCGGUGCUGAAGGUGAGCAGAUAUGGCGCUCAUGCAGGAAGUGAACCGCUGUCUGCUCAAGAUCAGAAUGGGAGCACGAUGGCUGAAGCUGAAACGCUCCGUGCAGGAACAGUAGGCAGCUUCAGGCAGAGGAAGGAACCGCCUCCCGCUCAAGCCCAACAUCCUUUGAAAAACAAUCUGCAGAAAGAGUCUCUAUUAGACAUGAGUGAUACCAUUCAUUGUAGAAGUCCAAAAGUGAGAACAGAGACUAAUGCAAAGGAGGAAACACUAACAUGCGAGGUGAAGCAAGUUUUGAAUGACUACUCUUCAAGAAAACCAAAGGUCACCGACACUGUUGAUCAAAAGGAGUCAGUGAGGCCUUAUCUCCAAACAGACACAACCGAAACAAACACAUAUGAUCCAGAUUCAGCGGCAAUUCCAGUCUCGUCCAGCUCUAUUUUGGAGAGACUACUGAAGAGAAACAGAGAGGAGGCGACCCCGGCUGUUUCUAAAAUAAAGGAGGACGACAAGGACACUUCAGAUGUUCCCGUGGAGAUGAAUGCAAAAAGGAUCCUCGACGGAACAGGAACAGAGACAUCCAGUGAAAGGAUUGACCAGUCAGGAUGCGUUUCACGCUCUUCUGCAGAUUCAAAAAGGAAACCGCGUAAACCAGACCUUGCAUCAAAGGAUCACCACAUUAAAGACUCGAGUGAGAGUGCGCUGCCACAAUCAGAUUGUUGCGAGAGUUCAGAGAGGAGCAUCGACCCAAAAAAGGCUUCUUCAAACGUGGGACCCUCUGAAAACCUGUCCCCGGACGACCUACAAUCAGCUGGUUCACAUGAAAGUACAUCAUGUGAAGAGAGUGUGAUCCCUGAGGAAUCUGCACCUUCCUCAGUGUCGGCUGUAAAGUCUUCACCCACGAAAAGUGAUGAGCAAAAGGCAGAGUCACGCCAUUUGCCUGCUGCUGAGAAGACAGGCAAUGGUACUGUGACAGCUGUGGUUGGUUGCUCAGAGGUCACAACCAGCAUCAAGCAGGAUCUGCAUAUGACACUUAACACACCAGACCAACCUGACAACAGUACUGUCAACGACGAAGGUGACUGCGUCUUAAGGCGAGAAAAAUCAUCCAACACUCCCAUAUCUAGGCCUGUCUCUGAACUCAUAAAGGAAACAAUUCAAAUGCACGAAAAGCUGCAGCACCAUGAGCGGCCGAAGCCAGCUGAAGUCAAGUGUGACGAGCAGGCUCAGUCGGUGAAUGUGGCACAGAUGAAGGCCGCUUUUGACUCGCCUCAGAAACCCCCGGUGAAGGUGAUCGAGAGGAAGCCAUCAAUGAGAAAAGAUAUGAAACGUGUCGUACGGUCGAGCAAAUUCCGUCACGUCUUUGGCCAGACGGUGAAAAAUGACCAGUGCUACGAUGAUAUCCGGGUUUCAAGGGUCACAUGGGACAGCUCCUUCUGUGCAGUCAAUCCCAAAUUUGUUGCCAUAAUCAUUGAGGCCAGUGGUGGUGGAGCCUUCCUCGUUCUCCCCCUACACAAGACGGGACGCAUUGACAAAUCCUACCCCUCAGUGUGUGGACACACAGGCCCGGUGUUGGACAUUGACUGGUGCCCUCACGAUGAUCAUGUCAUUGCCAGCGGCUCUGAGGACUGCACAGUGAUGGUGUGGCAGAUUCCUGAGAAUGGCCUCGUCACUGCCAUGUCUGAGCCUGUGGUGGUGCUGGAGGGCCACUCCAAGCGUGUUGGCAUCAUCACAUGGCAUCCAACAGCACGCAAUGUCCUUCUUAGUGCAGGUUGUGACAACCAGGUCGUCAUCUGGAACGUGGGCACAGGUGAGGCCAUGAUCACCUUGGAGGACAUGCACCCUGAUGUCAUUUACAACGUGAGCUGGAACCGCAGCGGUAACCUCAUCUGCACCUCCUGCAAGGACAAGUCCAUCCGUGUCAUUGACCCCCGCAAGGAGAAGAUUAUUGCUGAGAAGGAGAAGGCUCAUGAGGGCGCUCGACCCAUGAGGGCCAUUUUCCUGGCUGAUGGCAACAUUCUCACCACAGGUUUCAGUCGCAUGAGUGAGAGACAGCUAUCCCUGUGGAACAUGGACAACAUGGAGGAGCCCCUGACUGUUAAUGAAAUGGACUCCAGCAAUGGAGUGCUCUUGCCCUUCUAUGACCCAGACACCAACAUUGUUUACAUCUGUGGGAAGGGUGACAGCAGCAUCCGUUACUUUGAAAUCACAGAUGAGGCUCCAUAUGUUCACUUCCUUAGCACCUUUGUCACCAAGGAGCCCCAGAGGGGCAUGGGCUAUAUGCCCAAGAGGGGCCUUGAUGUCAAUAAGGUCGAAAUUGCAAGGUUCUAUAAACUGCAUGAAAGGAAGUGUGAGCCUAUCGUGAUGACUGUGCCUAGAAAGUCGGACCUGUUCCAGGACGACUUGUACCCUGACACAGCCGGACCAGACCCUGCCAUUGAGGCUGAGGAGUGGUUUGACGGCAAGAAUGGAGAACCCAUACUCAUCUCCCUCAAGAAUGUCUAUGUUCCGACCAAGAACCGUGAAUUCAAGGUGUUCAAAAAGAACAUUUUGGACAGCAAGGCGGCCAAGAACACAGAGAACUCGAGCCCUGCCAUCAGGUCUGCCUCCCCAACUCCAACAAUUAAAUCUGAAGCCAAGCUGGAGGAGAUCUUGAAAGAAAUAAAAUCCCUCAAGGACCUGGUCAGCAGUCAGGAGAAGCGAAUCAUCAAACUUGAAGACCAAAUGUCCAAAAUUGCCAUUUAAUGACCCUCUUCCCGAACCCGCUACAAUUCAGGACGUUCCAUUGGCUGGGUGGUGGGCAGGACCGGUCACUGCCGAUCUCAGUGACAGUGUUCGUCUGAGUCCUGCCCAGCAACGAUUCCUAGCAACAUUCCAGAUGAACUUUUCUUAGCCAGCCCCCAACCCUCAGUUUAACACAGGUGGAAUAAGAAGGAGGUGUGGCAAAUUUAACAGAAAAUACUUUUUGCUUUUUGGUGACAAAGGACUCCUUUUAUUCUGUGGCAGACAUUUUUUUAUUAUCUUUUUUCUUAUAAAACAGUCUUACACAAUUCUUUUUAUUUUAGAGUAAUGACCAGGAAAUUCCAAAGUCAGCCGUUCCCAAUGGCGAUUGUAUACCCCAAUAUUUUUUUGAAGUAGGCAUCAGUGUUUUGUGUUGCCAUACCCCAAAAUAUAAUGUUGCCAAAUUUAACUUUUGUUUACACCUCCUUAACAGUAUUUCUUUCUCUUUCUUGUGGGAAUAUUCAAAAUGCAAACAGGGAAACUCAGUGCAGUAGACUGAUCGUACAAAGAGAAGAAAGUCCUCAUUUAAUCUGAAAUAAAAAUAGUUGGGAAAAGAAGAUUGACGAUGCAAAUAAAUUGGGAUUGAACACAUUUUUCUGCCACAGUCGACAUCAAGGACUAUAGAUAAAUCAUCAUUGCUGCCUGUGUUGGAGCUGCACAAAUCAAUACCUGCCUUCUGCUGUUUCUCUUUCAUUCCUGUCGCUUUUCAUCAUUCUGACUGUGGACACAAUAGUCCAUGUAAACAUGCAUUCCUCUCUAGCUUGCUUCAUUAACAUCCACUGUGUGCUUAUUGGAGAAAAAGACAAAUACAUUCCACAAAUCUGAUCGAUUGGCACUUGUUGGUGUGGGGAAGGAUCCAGCUAGAACAUUCCUCCUCCAGUAAACACUCUACUGUAGUGACUCAGUUACACUGGUUGGUUGGUCAUUGUGGUAUUUUAUGGGCUGCCCACAGACAAACCAGCUCUGUGCAUUUCAGCCUCUCUGCAGAAAAAGCGUCUGUCAGCUCGGCUUUGUGUUUUUCUCAGAGGUUCAGUAGCCAACCUCCAUUCACGGGUUUGCUCAACACACAUGUAGUCAAGUGUAGUGGGAUUAUUUUGUGUCACUGUUGCAUUAAACACCAUCUCAGAUCUGUAUCUUAAAAACAGGGAUUGAUGUGAAAUGACACCAAGUUAUCACACAUUGACAUGACUAUUGAAAACCAUCUGGUGAUAAAACUGGAGAUAGUUUCAGAAACUGUUCACAAUCGACCUUUGAGGCCAAGAUUGUGUGUGAAAAUGUGCCUCGUGUCUUUGGCCAUUUUGGUUCCUGUCACUCUGGAUGUUCCUGCUUUGUUUCGUCGUAGUGGUGGUGGUGUUAUAAAAAUGGAUUCACAGUAGAUUAUCCAAGAUUUGUCUCUAACCUGGAUGAACUGAAUAGUUCACUGUUAAUUUUUAUCCUGUUUCUUGUUCCACUGUGCUUAUAUCCCUCUUAGCACUUCCACUCCCUGUUUUUUUUUUUUUAAUGGUUAUUUCUCAGAUACCCCCAUCGAGUAUAGUUAUUACGAAAACCCUGAACCUUUGGAAUCGUUCAAUCUGAGCUGUUUUGCUAUGAUAAAAGCUCUAUUUUCUUGAUGUUGUAGAUUUGCUUCCCAGUGGGAAGCUGAGACGGGUAAAGGUUCAGUCUGUUUGCCUUCACUAAUUGUUACCACUGUAAAGACCUGAAAGUGCCAUAAGGGUGACCAUGGAAGUGUUUGUAGGGGACUGUUGUGAGUAGAUUUGUGUAGUAAAUGGAGGAGUUGAGAGGUGCCCACAUUUUGAACCACUUUGAGGUGCUAUAAGGCUCCUGCUCAUUUAAGUACUGUAUCUCAGCCACAUAGAUGACAUCAUCCCACAAUACACCAGGUGGCGAUUUUUGAAACCGUCGACCUCGGUACAGGUAUUUAAAACAUCGUAGAAUGAUGUCAAACCGAGAAGCCGUCGGCUGAUCGCGCAGCUUUUUCCGGUCAUCGUGGCUUCCAGAUGUAACGUGAGCAGCGGGUCCUUAAAUAUUCGUGACAGGGAAUCUACAGGAGCGCUGAUCUGACACCGAUUUUACUGCCCCAUCUUGUAUAUCAGACUGCCACUCUAUAGAUCCGUCACAGCACUGUCGGCACGAGAGUUUUGAGAAGGCGUAGUAGUGGAUAGUGACCCAAAGGGACUCUGUAGGUUGGAGAAAUGUGCAGUUGAAAGAUAGAUGUAUGUUUGUAAUUAAGGUCUAGAAAAAUGAGUGGAAGCUGUGUAAAUAACAUGACCAUAUUUUCUGUAUUCUUUUUUUUUUUUUAUUUGGUUUUUGUUUUGUGGUUGUGCUCAAGAGGGUAUUUUUGAGGGAGGUGGGUUAUAAAUGUUUCCCCUUGUCUGUUUUCCCUGCACCUUGCCAUAACGCAUCAUGAGACAACUGAGCCUCUGUUGUACUGGAGGUCGUAUGAAUAUCGAGAAAGAAAAUCAGACAAACACGAACCCGGAUGACGCCUCAUGUCGAGGUCCGCUCAGCAUUUUUGUUCAUUAUUCUUGCUUCAAGUAUCAAACAUUGAUUAUAAGAAAAAAUAAUAAAGACUUUUUAAAAUGG